AUGUCACAGAAGUUGGACAACACUUUGCGGGCACUGCAAACUGCUUAUAAGGCACCUCUAGUAACCACUUCAUAUCAGUUGGUCUUUGGCAAAGCUUGUCAUUUACCAGUUCAAAUGGAAUAUCUCUCGGCUUGGGCAGUUAAAGAAAUCAACAUAGAUUUAGAGGUUGCCGGUGAGACUAAGGCUUUUACUGAAAAGCUUAAGUCAAGGUGGUUUGGGAUUUUUGAUGUCGUUGAUAUAAAAGUUCAUGGAGUCAUUGAAGUGGCUAUUGAAGAGCGAACAAAAUCCAAAGUGAAUGGUCAGCUUCUGAAGCUGUACCAUGAGGGGGCUUUCAAGGGACAAGUGGAGGUUAUCUUCCUCCACUCGCCCAGUUUGAAGUCUGAGGGAGCAAGACCAGGUUAUCUGAUUCCGCCUCAUGGGUGA